GAUGGAUGCCUUCUUGACCUGGGACAAAACGAAUCAUAAUGGUCUGUCCGACAUCGUCCUCUCCAAAGAGAAUGUGUGGACACCGGAUUUGAAAAUAUUUAACGGGUACGAAGGUUUGGUAGACAUCAGCGACUACGGAAAUCUCGUGAGGUUAUCGUCGAACGGCCACGUGAUCUUUGAACCCGGAAGCGCCUUUGAGCUCUACUGCCUUGUGGACAUAACUUACUACCCUUUCGACCGUCAGGAAUGCUCCAUCGUCAUCAUGUUCUGGAUGAGCCGGGUAACAGAGGCCGAUAUGAUUUUGUCCAACGAAAACUACGUCUUCAGAGCACUGCGACCGAACGGAGAGUGGGAUAUCGAGUUCUUGGGGGCCAAGCACUACGCCCAGGGCUUUUCUGAUGAAGUCACAAGAACAUACGCGUAUCUGGAAUAUUCAUUCCGCCUCACGAGAAAGAGAACUUUUUACGUGCUGCACUUUCUGAUCCCCGUGAUACUGCUGUCUCUUCUCAACGCCAUUGUGUUCAUCUUACCACCGGAAUCUGGAGAGAAGAUGUCCCUCUCCAUCACGGUGUUGCUCUCCUUCACCCUUUUCAUCAGUCUGCUAAACGCCUCGCUCCCGCAGACUUCACUUCACGUUUCUGUUUUUGCUGUGUACCUGUCGGUGUUACUCGGGCUGGGGACAAUAUCCGUGAUCCUUUCGGCAGUUGGUUUGUACCUGCACUACCGGUACGAGGACCAGCAGGAGAAGAAGGCCGAUCCUCACCACACCGACAGUGUGCGGAGGAGGACAUUCAAGCGGAGAUCGGGUCGGGAGUCCCAGCUGCUGACCAGUACCGAUAAAGAUACUGUGGUGGAGUAUAGCGGUUUGUUACUGAGCCAGGGGGAGAAACAACGCAUUCAGGACAUGCGCAAUAACUUCCGGGUGAACUUCUCCAAGGACUCCGGGACCAAAGAGGAAAGCUUCGAUGACCCGAGAAACAGUCAGGCUAUGGCGAAUGGCGAUUUUAUCACGGACAAACCCGCAUACCAGCGAGAUACGUUCAACGGGAAAGCGAGAGUGAAAGUACCGUGGUGUGUUGUGAAUCCACGACACUUUGAUCACAUCGGGUUUUGUGUGUCUCUCCUCAUGACGAUUGGAUCUACUUUUACUGCCAUUAUUCUGUUAGCAACUCAUUAGAUAUACGUACAGCGUUUACUCUAACUCAGUCCAUUGGGAUCCAUCAGAAAUAAGUACCUGUCUGUCGGUUUGCCUGUUUUCGGAGAUCUGUUU